GGCAACGAGACAGCUGUGAAGGAUGAGGUCUAAUUUGUGCUGAAGGCUGGGAAGUCGGAACAGAGGGCUUUCUUGGUGGAAGUAAAGGAGGAGCAUUUUUUGGUGUUUGGUUCCAGCACCCUGGCUGGGGAGAUGAAGCUUUCCAUUGGACUAUUCUCGCUUGUAGGAAUAUUAGUCUCUUCCAUUAUGGGACAGCAAAGACCCGGCAGUGCUGAUUUCAUUGUUUCCACCUGCAAGAGGUCCCUUCUGCAACUUGAUUUGCCAUCUGAAUAUGUUCUCAAUAAGAAUGUAACGUUUACAGCUAUUGACCAGUAUGGAAGCUCCUAUGCUAUUGGAGAUCAGUUGGCCAUACAGUGCGGAUAUAGAACAUCACCUGACUUAUGGGGAAACAUUACCUUUAGGGCCUCUCUCCUGAGUUGCUUCGCUCAGAUUUUGGAUGACCAAUCCACCAUCACACUAAGAAUCGAUAUUUUCCCGACCUGGGAUAAGAGUGCGUCUGUAAGUUACCUGAAGCAGGUUACCUGCCCCUAUGCAUGGGAUGCCCGUGAAAUCCUGUGUGAAAUGAACUACAUGGAGGUCUCCGUAAGACGCAAGAUCCCAAUGAUUGCUGAAAGUGCCCUCCAGGAUGAGCCAGAGGACUGGGUCGCUGCCUUUCCAGAGGCAGUGGCCGGGCUUGUGUCCAUCUGGCAAGUGGUGUUCCACCUGCCGUCGACCCGAAAAGCAAUGCUGGUCAGGGAUGCUCAAAAGAUUGGCUAUGGCAUAAAUAUAACUGAAUCGAGAAUGCUGCUACGGUCUCCAUACAAAACUGCAGAAACGCAACUUCUAAAUAUUGGAGGUGUGAACUUUUCUUCUGUGAGAUCCACAAUAUUGUACAAACAGCGCUGGCUAAUCCUUAUGAUUGAUGCGGCUGUGGCCUGCCCAGUUGAUGAUGUGAAGUUUACAAAGCAAUUGAUUACAUGGUCUGUGCCCAAAGUCAUCUUGCCCCUACUGAUUGGUGCUAGCCGUCUCAAGAACAGCCGCAUUGCAUUUGGCGUUGACCUCCGCACUCUGAACAGCGCUGAAAUUGCCAAUAGAAAAUAUGGGUUGGUUGACAACUACCUUGAUACUACGGUUACUGUGCCAGUAGGUGCCCAAGGUGGCUAUUAUAAGAGCCAUGUAUCCAAUGGAAAUUAUGGCAUUACAUACAGCAUCAAUGUGUUCCUUGAACACGAGUGGGACGACAGUAUGUGGGGUGUAACCAAACACACUAUCAUUAAAGAAAUCACUACACCCUUUGAUGCGCAGCCUCCUCUCAUAAUAAAUGGGACCAUUCCAACAACAAAAACAUUCAACGUAACCAUUGGUCCGUUCCUUCCUGACGUUCAGCUGAUAAAUGUAACUGUUGGGACUGAAACGCUGACAAUACCACAACUGGCGGCAAGGAACUACAACUUAACGACGAUAACGUAUCCAAAUGGAAGUGUCGCCUACAGGAUAACUGUUCCUUUUUCUGAUAAGAACGUAAAGAUAGAGUAUAUUGGUGAAACCACAAGAGCUUACGUCCUCAUCGUUACCUUUGGAUUUAAGAUCAUUCCAAAUAAUGAGACCUUCACCUGUACGACAACUAUUGUUUCAAUGGUUCAGGAUGCUGUGUUACCUGAACCUUCCGGAUACUGCGAUCAGAACGCACUGAACGUGAUUGUUAAACGUGGGAAUGUGGAUACAAAUUGGGUUCCUUUUGUAAAAAACACCCUGUUGACUCCAGGAACUGCCCAGACUAGUGGAUUAGUGUUCACGGCUAAUAGCACCCAUUACACAAUCACAGCAAAUCGAUAUUCAGACAGUGUCAUGUAUGAGGAUACCAGUAACUCUGGAGAUUGUGACACUCCCCUUAACACUUUGAUAGUUCCAAUGGAAAUCCCAUCUACGUUUUCUGUUUCGUGCAGACCCUACUAAAAGCUUAUAGACUGCUUUGCCAAUGGGACCAUUGCUGUUACUGUACUAAAACUCUCUACUGUACCGGACAUGGAGCUUUCUCAGCUUGUACUGAGGGACAAAUCAUGUAGGCCUGUCUUCUACACAUCCAGCGCCGCAAAAUUUGUGUUUCCUGUGAAUGCCUGCCUCACCACAAGAAAGUUCACCCAAACUAUGAUGAUUUAUGAAAACGACGUCUACUAUUACAGACCUGGAGUGACCGAGGCUGCCUUCAAGCUUCACGUUGCUUGUAACUACACAACAAAUGAAACCUUGAUUCUUCAGUAUGGGUUUGAAACUCCACCAACACCAAGCGCUCAGUCAGCAUUUGGCACCAUUGAAUUGGUUUUACGACUAAGCAAAGACAGCAGCUACUCUACCUUCUAUGGCGAUUCAGAAUACCCUGUUGUAAAGUACUUGAUGGAUCCCUUGUACUUUGAAGUUGAACUCCUUUAUAGCGUGGACCCCCAGCUAGAACUCUUUUUGGAUAACUGCUGGGCUACAGCUUCCCCUGAUAAACCAGCUUUCCAAAGUGGGAUUGUAGUCAACAGCUGUGAAUUUAUCGAGACCUUCCAGACCAUAUUUCAUCCGGUGGUUGCAGACUCCAGGGUCAAAUACCCCAGUCACCUUAAGCGGUUUGAAGUGAAGAUGUUUACCUUUAUGAAUGCAGGCCGGGCCUACUUGGGAGAGAUCUACUUUCACUGCAGUGUGAUCAUUUGCAAUGCUGUACAGUUAUAUUCUGAUCCCUUAUGCACGAAAUCUUGCAUCCCAGCUAGGCAGAGAAGCGGGAGGAGUGCCGAACUUGACACAGACAGACAUCAGUACGUCUCUUCUGGUGCUUUGCUACUAAAAUCUGAUGUACCAUCAAGCUUUAGAAAAUAUUGAAUAUCCCGUCCCAACUUUGACCUCCCAGAUGUCUAUUUUAUUAAAAGUGCGCAUUUUUUGUUAAUUAUAACUAACUGACUCCUUGGUUUAUUCUGCUGGAGACUGGAGGAUGCUAAAACGGACUGAGCUUUUAAGGGAGCCUCCCUCAGCAACCACUCACAGCUACAGUUUAAUAGACAGACUGUAAAAAAAUGGCAGUUUUGACGGAAAAUAUAACUAACUGUAGCUUUAAUAAAGGUGUAGGCUUCCUCUGACCAUU